AUGGGGAGGGGGCCGCGGGGGGGGGAGCCGCUUUCUCUCCGCGAUUCACAUCGCGCCCGCUUUCUCGUCUCGUGUGCAUGCCUAUCCCGGGAAUGGUGUAGUCAGCCCGUAUCUGAAUUAUUUAUAGACUCGUGCCAGCUGUUUUUUUUUAAUUUUUUUUUUUUUAAAUUCCGCUUGUGUGCACUAUUGGGAAAUGCGUUUUGCUUUCCUUUCUUCUCAAUAUAUUAAUGUCUUUGUUGGGGAGCGUUUUCUAUCCCCUUCAGAUCCCUCUAAUACAAAAUUGAUGCUUAUUUUUCCCUUCAGGAAGGGGACGCUUUGAGGAUAAUCAUGCUUCACAGAAGAACGGCACCGACCUCCAGUUGCAUUAAACACAACCUCCUCCACUAGGGCUCCAGGGAAAAAAAAAAAAAAAAAAAAGAGAGAGAAUAAUUAUAAGAAUAAUUAUUAAAAAGGCGAAAGGAAUGCUUACUCUGGAACCUGCAUUUGACGAUCCUCACCACUCGCGCUGAAUAUCCUCUGAAGUGAUUCUCUCCAGCUUUUGAAUUUGCACCGCUUCAAGACGCAAGAUUGCCACAAAGAAACCUCUAUUUUUUUUACAGCCAAAUAGGAUUGUUUUUUAACUCAUUCCCCCACGUUUGCCCCCGACCCUUAUUCUUCUUAUGUGGAUAUGCAAGCAAGAAGAGGAGACUGGACAUUCCCAACAUGCUCUCUCCCUUGAUCUGUCCGUCUAGAGGUUCUGCUUCUACAAACCAAGGGAGUGUAAGAGCCGAAGAUGAGGCCCAGGGUGGAGUGCUACUCUCCAAGGUUUUGGCUGGUGCUGGCAGUCCUCGCAACAACAGGGAGCGGGGCCCAUGCCCAGAAAAGCCACCCGAGCAUUGGCAUUGCAGUCAUCCUGGUGGGGACCUCGGACGAAGUGGCCAUCAAAGAUGCCCACGAGAAAGAUGACUUCCACCACCUCUCAGUGGUGCCUCGGGUGGAGCUGGUGGCCAUGAAUGAGACGGAUCCCAAGAGCAUCAUCACCCGCAUCUGUGACCUCAUGUCUGACCGGAAGAUUCAAGGGGUGGUAUUUGCUGAUGACACAGACCAGGAAGCCAUUGCCCAGAUCCUGGACUUCAUUUCUGCCCAGACUCUCACUCCCAUCCUGGGCAUCCAUGGAGGCUCCUCUAUGAUCAUGGCAGAUAAGGAUGAGUCAUCCAUGUUCUUCCAGUUUGGCCCAUCAAUAGAACAGCAAGCCUCUGUCAUGCUCAACAUCAUGGAAGAAUACGACUGGUACAUCUUCUCCAUUGUCACUACUUACUUCCCUGGUUACCAGGACUUUGUGAACAAGAUCCGCAGUACCAUUGAGCACAGCUUUGUGGGUUGGGAACUGGAGGAGGUCCUUCUGUUGGACAUGUCCCUGGACGAUGGGGACUCAAAGAUCCAGAACCAGCUCAAGAAGCUCCAAAGCCCUGUUAUCCUCCUCUACUGCACAAAGGAAGAGGCCACCUACAUUUUUGAGGUGGCCAACUCAGUGGGUCUGACAGGCUAUGGUUACACGUGGAUCGUGCCCAGCCUGGUGGCAGGGGAUACAGACACAGUGCCAUCUGAGUUCCCCACCGGGCUCAUCUCUGUCUCAUAUGAUGAAUGGGACUACGGUCUUCCUGCCAGAGUAAGGGAUGGAAUAGCCAUAAUCACCACGGCUGCUUCUGAUAUGCUGUCUGAACACAGCUUCAUCCCUGAGCCCAAGAGCAGCUGUUACAACACCCAGGAGAAAAGGAUUUACCAGUCCAACAUGCUCAACAGGUACCUGAUCAAUGUCACCUUUGAAGGCAGGAAUUUGUCGUUCAGUGAGGACGGAUACCAGAUGCAUCCCAAGCUGGUCAUCAUCCUUUUGACCAAGGAGAGGAAGUGGGAGAGGGUGGGGAAAUGGAAGGAAAAAAAGUUGCAGAUGAAGUAUUACGUGUGGCCACGCUUUGAACUGUAUCCUGACUCUGAGGAACGCGAGGAUGAUCACCUGAGUAUCGUGACCUUGGAAGAGGCACCAUUUGUCAUUGUGGAGAAUGUGGACCCCCUAAGUGGCACCUGCAUGAGGAACACGGUCCCUUGCCAGAAACGCAUCGUGACAGAGAAUAAAACAGAUGAGGAGCCAGAUUACAUGAAGAAAUGUUGCAAGGGGUUCUGCAUAGACAUCCUCAAGAAAAUCUCAAAGUCUGUCAAGUUUACCUAUGACCUCUACUUGGUGACUAAUGGCAAGCAUGGAAAAAAGAUCAAUGGGACAUGGAAUGGAAUGAUUGGAGAGGUUGUCACCAAACGGGCCUAUAUGGCUGUGGGAUCCCUCACCAUUAAUGAGGAACGUUCAGAAGUGGUGGAUUUCUCUGUGCCCUUCAUUGAGACGGGAAUCAGUGUCAUGGUGUCACGUAGCAAUGGAACGGUCUCACCUUCUGCCUUCUUAGAACCUUUCAGUGCUGACGUAUGGGUGAUGAUGUUUGUGAUGCUGCUUAUCAUCUCUGCGGUGGCUGUCUUUGUCUUUGAGUACUUCAGCCCUGUGGGCUAUAAUCGGUGCCUUGCUGAUGGCAGAGAACCAGGAGGUCCCUCUUUCACCAUUGGCAAAGCUAUCUGGCUGCUGUGGGGGCUGGUGUUCAACAACUCUGUGCCAGUACAGAAUCCCAAGGGUACCACUAGCAAGAUCAUGGUGUCGGUGUGGGCCUUCUUCGCUGUCAUCUUUCUGGCCAGCUACACUGCCAACCUGGCUGCCUUCAUGAUCCAAGAGGAAUAUGUGGACCAGGUGUCUGGCUUGAGCGACAAAAAGUUCCAGAAACCAAAUGACUUCUCACCCCCUUUCCGCUUCGGGACAGUUCCCAACGGCAGCACGGAAAGGAACAUCCGCAACAACUACCCUGAAAUGCACAGCUACAUGGUGAAGUUCAAUCAGAGGGGGGUGGACGAUGCACUGUUCUCGCUGAAGACUGGGAAGUUGGAUGCUUUCAUUUAUGAUGCAGCAGUGCUAAACUACAUGGCUGGCAGAGAUGAAGGCUGCAAGCUGGUGACGAUUGGGAGUGGGAAAGUGUUUGCCUCCACUGGCUAUGGCAUUGCCAUCCAAAAGGACUCAGGCUGGAAGCGCCAGGUUGAUCUUGCAAUUCUACAGCUUUUUGGAGAUGGGGAGAUGGAGGAGCUAGAAGCUCUCUGGCUCACUGGCAUUUGUCACAAUGAGAAGAAUGAGGUUAUGAGCAGCCAGCUGGAUAUAGAUAAUAUGGCAGGUGUCUUCUACAUGUUGGGAGCAGCCAUGGCCCUCAGUCUCAUCACCUUCAUCUGUGAGCAUCUCUUCUACUGGCAAUUCCGCCACUGCUUCAUGGGUGUCUGCUCUGGCAAGCCCGGUGUGGUCUUCUCCAUCAGCAGGGGUAUCUACAGCUGCAUCCAUGGCGUGGCCAUUGAAGAACGCCAGUCAGCAAUGAACUCCCCCACAGCAACUAUGAACAACACCCAUUCCAACAUCCUCCGCCUGCUUCGGACAGCCAAGAACAUGGCCAACCUGUCAGGGGUCAAUGGCUCACCACAGAGUGCCCUGGACUUUAUCCGCCGCGAGUCAUCCGUCUAUGAUAUCUCUGAGCACCGCCGCAGCUUCACCCACUCAGACUGCAAAUCCUACAACAACCCCCCCUGUGAGGAGAACCUCUUUAGUGACUACAUUAGUGAGGUGGAAAGGACCUUUGGCAAUCUCCAGCUGAAGGACAGCAAUGUGUACCAAGACCACUACCACCACCACCACCGCCCUCAUAGCAUUGGCAGCACCAGCUCCAUUGACGGGCUCUAUGACUGUGACAACCCGCCCUUCAACGCCCAGUCGCGCUCCAUCGGGAAGAAGCCCUUGGACCUGGGACUGCCGCCGGCCAAGCACAGCCAGCUGGGUGACCUGUAUGGCAAGUUCUCCUUCAAGGGUGACCGUUACGGGGGCAGUGGGACCCAUGACGACCUGAUCCGCUCAGAUGUCUCUGACAUUUCCACUCACACGGUCACCUAUGGCAACAUUGAGGGCAACGCAGCCAAGAGGCGGAAGCAGCAGUACAAGGACAGCCUGAAGAAGCGUCCAGCCUCCGCCAAGUCCCGGAGGGAAUUUGAUGAGAUAGAGCUGGCCUACCGCCGGCGCCCGCCCCGCUCACCUGACCACAAGCGCUACUUCAGGGACAAGGAAGGGCUACGGGACUUCUAUCUUGACCAGUUUCGGACCAAGGAGAACUCACCACACUGGGAACACGUGGACCUGACAGAUAUCUACAAAGAACGGGGAGAUGAGUUUAAGCGUGACACGGGAGGAGGAGGGGGUGGAUCCUGCACUAACAGGGCCCAUCACAAGCAUGGCUCAGGCGAGUUUGGUGGAGGCAAUGAGCACAAGCAUAGCGUUGUGAGUGGGGUCCCAGCGCCGUGGGAGAAGAACCUGACCAAUCUAGACUGGGAAGACCGGAGCGGGGCUAAUUUCUGCCGCAGUUGUCCUUCUAAGCUGCACAACUACACGCCAUCAACGGUGGGGCAGAACUCCACCCGCCAGGCCUGCAUCCGCUGUGAGGCUUGCAAGAAAGCGGGCAACCUGUAUGACAUCAGUGAGGACAACUCGCUCCAAGAGCUGGACCAGCCGCCUGCCCCUGUGCCCGUGGCCACCAGUGCCACUUCCUCCUCCAAAUAUCCUCAGAGCCCUUCCAAUUCUGCCUCUAAGGUGCAGAAGAAGAACCGCAACAAACUCCGCCGGCAGCACUCCUACGACACCUUUGUGGACCUGCAGAAGGAUGACUCAGCCCUGGCCCCCCGCAGCGUCAGCCUCAAGGACAAGGGCCGCUUUUUGGAGGGGAGCCCCUACGCCCACAUGUUUGAGAUGCCAGCCAGUGAGACCACCUUUGCCAACAACAAGUCCUCAGUGCCCGCCACCAGCUACCACCACCACAACAACCCCGGCAGCAGUGGGGGCUACAUGCUCAGCAAGUCACUCUACCCUGAUCGGGUCACCCAAAACCCUUUCAUCCCCACUUUUGGGGAUGACCAAUGCUUGCUCCACGGCAGCAAAUCUUAUUUCUUCAGGCAGCCUGUGGUGGCAGGAGGGCCCAAAGCCAGGCCAGACUUCCGAGCCAUUGUCACCACCAACAAGCCGGUGGUCUCAGCCCUUCAUGGGGCUGUGCCAGCCCGUUUCCAGAAGGACAUCUGUAUAGGGAACCAGUCCAACCCCUGUGUGCCUAACAACAAAAACCCCAGGGCUUUCAAUGGCUCCAGCAACGGGCAUGUUUAUGAGAAACUCUCCAGUAUUGAGUCUGAUGUUUGAGUGAGAGGGGAAGAGCGUGGGGAGGGACUGGGGAUGUAUGUGGAGCAUGGGAGGGUGGGGUGGGAUCAAUCCCAUCAGCUACUCUCCUGAGUCGUCCUUGGUUUGUGGGGUACUGGAGUUGUGAGUAGUGCAGCACUGAUGACAAGUGCCACCUCUUUGGUUUCCCCUCUUCCUCCUCCUUUCCCAAGCCUCCCGUUUUAUCUCUUUUUCCAUGUUCUCGCUCCUCCCAUUCUCCUCCAUUCCUGGCCAUUGCACUUUACAGUGAUGUCAGAGUUGGAUAUCCUUGCUUGUGGUUUCAGGAAGCAGAGAAAAAGGCAGGGAAGGGGCGUGCUGAGGAAGAGUAGCAGUGACUUUAGUGUUCACUUCUGCUGGCUCCCAGCAGGGAAAGGCAUGUGCGCACACACCUAUGUGUGUGUGUGACAGGAGGAGGCAGCAGCAGCAGUGUAAUGGACAUGCAAGAAAAUAUGCUUGCUCAGGCAACUGUUCCUAAAACUGCCUAGAAAAGAGUAGUGUUUGACGUGGAAAGUGAAGGGAGAAUAACAAGACUAACUUGAUGAUGCACUUACAUGUUAGCUAUAUUGAGGUUCUUGUUACAUUAUUUUGUGAAGACUAUGGGGGUUUAGGGCUGAAAUAUAUAUAUAUAUAUAUAUAUAUAUUUGCGUAUAUGCUGAGAAAUUUUACGCUAAAAUUUUGAAUUGUCUGCUGGGGGGUGUGGAGGGAGGGAGGGAAGAUUUGUCUGCAGGUCAGGCUAGUGGUUUCACUAUGGCUGUUACAGUCAUUGAAUCUAUGGCAGACCAGUGGGAGAAGAGAAAAGAAGCAGAGUAUGAGUUUGAGCCUCCCUGACUCCAGGGCUGGUUUCCCAAACUCAGACAAAAGAUGCUGGUUUGCACUGAAAUGAGAAGGAUUUGAGGAAAGAGGAACAGGGUUGGUGUGUUAGCUGUGAGCUGCUCACUAGUUCUGACAUUCUUCAAGGGUGGGAGUGGUAUAUAGUAUGGGUUUGCCUAUCUGCGAGUAUAUACAAUAACUUUAUACUUGAAAUGUCUGUGAAGAAAGCAAAUUAAACCCACUAUCCUAUGAGGUGUCAGGAGAACAAACACAGUAGAACAGAGCAUAAGAGUAGGGAAAGGUGGGGAGUUUUUUCACUGUCACUUCAGGGGACACCAAACCCAUUUUGGCAUGUCUUUUCAGGAAGAACUGGAGAGAAAGAAGGAGCUUAAUCCUUCUGCUCUCUCUAUACUUGGCCAGCAGAUUGGAACAAAAAGAAUAGGGUGCCCUGUACCAAUGGUGGAAAGGAAAAAAUAAAUGCCAUAGAAGGGUGCGUGUGAUAGUGGUGGUGCUGGUGGACUGUUUCAAUGCCUCCUUGCACAUGUGAAAAUGGGAGGAGGGUGUAUGCACCCAUGGGAAAUACAUGUGUAUAUUUACUAUUGAAUGUACAGAGGAAGUACACAGCUUGUCUUCCUGGGAAAGGAUGUGCUUGAAUAAAUGCCAGAGAGCACAGAAACUUGUGCUGAAGACUGAAGAUGUGAAAAGCUGAGAUGUGUGUGUACGUGUGUGUGUGUGUGCCUCUGUGAAAGAGAGAGAUACUAGCACAGGUGUAAAGCUGGAAUAGCCUAGGGUUUCCCAUCCCUGCAGUUGUAGUGACAGCUUUCCUGGUGCACUUAGUAUCAAUAAGAGUGUUUUUUCUUUUCAUUGUAUCAUUUUAGAUGCAAGCUAAAGGGAAAGGAGCAAUGGUAGGAGUGAGAAGCUGAACACACCUAUCAUAUGUCAUCUAUCUCCUGAGGUGGGGGUGUGGACCAGCCUCUCCCAUCCUGAGAGAUAUGGCAAAAUCUCUGUGGCUUAUCCUGGGUCUCAAUCACCAUGGCUCACCAGGUGAAGGGUUGAGAGAGUCCUGUGCUGAGAGCAUGGGCAUGCUGCUGAGGAUUGACUCUGGAGGGAGAUGGCAGCCCCGUCUUUGUGAGCCAUAUUUCUUGAGCUGAAAGCCACCUCUCUGACAUUCCUCACCACACCAUGGUUGAUUUUAUCUUAUUGUUCUCUUUUUAAGCCAACAGAAGGCCUUUUAUUUUUUUUUUUUUUUUUUAAGCUGAGGCAGGGGGGAGGGUGGGAUUUACCUAUAAAGUCAAAGUGUGUGAGGAGAGGAUGGGCAGGGUUGGUGAGGGGAAUAUUUUCUUAUAUUUCACAGAGGAAAUUAAGGAGGAAAGAGGGGAAGAGUCUUUGUGAUGCCACCCCCUAGUCUUUGGGGUAAGGGAGCUUCUUACUCUUUCCCUCUUCUCUCAUUACAAGGACAAAAAGGAAAAGAAAAGAGAAAAAAAAAAAAGAAACCAAACAAAUUAACAGAGCGAUCUGCAAUCCAGAACACAUGGCAGCUUGUCAGACACCUCUGAUAGCAGCCACCAAGAAGGCGUUCCUUUCUUUUGUAAAUAUUUCUUUUUUAUUGCGUUUUUGUAUAAAUUGGUGUUUCUCUUCUCGUGAAUAUUCAGGUCGUGGGGUGGGAGGGAGGGGAAGUUUGUUUCCAUUCUGUUUGUUUUCUAUGACUUUUCAGGCUGCAUUUUUGGAAGCGGUUUACGCAGGUCGAGGCCGUAUGAAUGAGGAAAAAAAAAAGAGAGAGAGAGAGAAACCCAUGUGUGUUGUGUUCCCCCGAGGCCCCCUGUAUUGCCCUGUCACCUUUAUCUUCAUGAAUGGAAGACGCCGGAACGUCACUUCAAGCCUUGCCAGCAGGGUUUCAUGUUUUGAUGGGAACACCCCCAAUCCCUUUUUGCAUAUAAACUCUCUGUACCAGCAUCUCUCUGUGGAGUUUGGGCCUCAAAGCACUACACUGUCUUGAUAGUGGUGGGGUGAACCAUCAAGUUGGCCACUCAGGUUGGACCAUCAUUUUGACAUUAAGAGACUUCUCCAGUGCUACUUUGGUUUAGAAAUCUUGGACCUGGGAAAGCUCGUGAUAAUUUCUGGUAUUUCCUAAGGGCUUGGGGUUGGGAAGCUUGACAGCUGACAAGGGCAGCUAAUCUCUUUGGUGGUUAUCUUGGUACUUUUCCGUCCCUCCCCACCUGGAAUGAGGAAACCUGGAGGGUGGCUCUGCAGGGAAAUUAAGCUGAAAACAAACCAAAAAGAAGUUAAUGGAACUUUUUUCAAAUCUCUUCUUAAAGGUUCUGAUUUUUGUGUUCCGGGUUGAAAGUUGGUUCGUAUUUUCUCCGAACUGGUCUGUCCCUUGUUCCACUGAUUGGCAAAUGAUAGUUUGCCAAAAUCAUUAUCUAGUAUUCUUACUGUUGUAGCACUGUUAACACUCUGAGUGCUCUGCAAAUAUUAACUGUGCCACAAACCACUCAAAUGAAUGCUCUAGGGCAACCAGAAAAGAAGAACUGGAAAUUCUGGACUGAACCACUGGUCUAACCACAGGAGUCUGGUAUUUUGCCUUCUCCCGUAAUAUAUUAGGCCACGUGUCCAUCAGGUUAAUCCUUUCUCCUACAGAUGAUCUUUUCUGGUUGCUUUGUUUAUUUUAGUUCUGACAGGUCAACAAGUUUUUGGGACAGAGAUGAAGGGGAAGGGGUGGGAGGGGGGAGGGUAUAAUUCAUAAUCAAGAAAAUAAAUCAAUGAUGUUAUUAAACUCUGAUUAUAUAUUUAGAAUUUUAGAUUUGGUGUAUUUUCAUUGUAAGUAUUCAAGUGAAUCAAACAGGUAAUAUUAGCAGCAGGUGUUGUCUAUACUAGAAAACCACCCAUGUGCUGUUUAUUACCUGUCCAGAAAAGAAUGGGAUUUCAUACCAGAGCCUGACAAAACUCCACAUCCCCUGCCUUACCAUUUCUCUCUCUCUGCUGUAGAAACACAAGUAUUUUAUGGGGCAGUGGCUGGGAACAUUUCCUCUCUCUGAAGUUUUCUGCACAUAAGAAUACUAAGCAAAAACCGUUGUGUCCUCUACAGUCGGUGACCUCUACUGAUUAUUUGCAGACAGCCUCCCAGGAAAGAAUAGGCACCUUUGGCAAUGUUUCUGACAUUUACCUCCUCACUUCUAGCCAGAGGCAUGGCUCUCUGAGAGGUAUUUUCAUGAGCCAUGUUCUUUUGAAGUGGUACUGGAGUGUAUGUACUCAGCUGAAGGAGGAUGUCUAUGAAGGAGAUGGAGGAAAUAUGCAAAAAAUAUCAGAAAUGUGCCAUACACAGUAGAAAGUAACUGGCAGGUAGAACUUGCAGCCAUGGAUCUCCACAUCAUAAACCUUGUUGGAGUAUUCACACCAGCUUUUUACUGUAGUGCAACACAACACAGGCUGGUGUACUAGUUCUCUGUCUCCCAUCAUGCCUCCCAGUGAGGGCAGUAUCAGAGCUUGCAAUGUCACAUCCUAAGUAAGCAAGAAAAGCUGCAGUCAGAACUUGUUGUCAGUUGAGACAAUGAAGCACACCGUCCCCACCUCAGCAACAGCAACAACAAAAAAUCACAUUCUCUCUGAAAUCCAGCAUGCAUUGUCAGAGCUCUCCAGGUGAGAACCCCAGUGGGUUCAAAAUGCUCAGCAAUAUCAAAGUAUGAACUUUGCCUGUAGGGAACUGGUACUUCAAUUUCCAGCAUACUGGGGGAGGAAGGUUCCUUUGUGACGCUGCAAAGGAUUUGAUGGAGGGGUUAAAAGUUGCCAGGAUGGGUCUCUUCUUCAGCAAUGUCUGCUGAUGUUGAGCUCCUCACUCUGAAAAGACACUAGCAUCCAUCUUGAAUAGUGCCCAUUUGUACAUUUAGAUCAGGUUGUUGCUCACAGCAAAAUUGCUAGCAAAAGAGAGAGGGGGAGACAAAGAAUUAAUAUGAUGGUGGUGACAGGUUGGAGUGAUCAGAGAUACCUCAGGGAUCUUCAUAGGCAAGUCUUUGCUUUAGAGCUUUCUAUCAAAUAUGGCAUAUCCUCCCACCUCCAUUGCUUAUCAACAGAUGGAAGCAAGCCUGGGAACACAGCCAAUGAUCAGACUUAGGCCUUUCACACAUCCUCCACUCCAGUCAAGCAACCUUUGAUGAGCCCUUCUCUUGGAGAAGGGUGGGAGGUUGCACUUCCCCACAUAUUUUUGGUUGCCAAAAAGAAAGGGAAAAUGGAAGUGAUAAAGAUCAGGAGCGUUGAUGAAAGGACUUUGUGCUGACCCUCUGUGCCCUUGCUCUGUGGAAUUACACUUCAUCCUUUCUUCUCUGUCCAAGCUGGCAAAGGGUGGGGUCCAGUUAUGCUUCCUUUCUGUGGCAUAUGCCUGGUCACCACAGGAGUCCCUGGGAGCUGUGUGCAAGAAAGGAACCAAGUUGCUGGCAACAAAUGGGGACAGACUCCGAGCCACGAUCCCCAUCUGCACCCACUCUUUCCCAUAAGUGCUUCCCUGCUGCUGAACACACCUGACGUGUCCACCUGGAGCACACCUACCAUGCUGCUGGAUGCUGCAGGUAGUUACAUUGAGAUAGUAACUAGUGGGACCUGAUUGUUGUCCCCACAAGGGCUUAUUUUCAAUUUGCAGCCAAAUAGAUUUCCAAGCCAUAGACCCUUGCUGCAUUUACCUACACUUCCCUGUGGCUUCCUCUCUCCUCCCCCAUCAAAGGCAAAUCGGGGUGCCGAGUGUCUCACUGGCAAUAUAAACACUAUUGCUUCAUUUUCAUCAUGGGCCCUCUGGACCUCCCUGGGGCUGACUGCAGACAAACCUGGGUGUCUGCCACUAGAACGGCAACAACAAAAACCACUUUGCAAUUGGCUUUCUUUUUUUUUCUCCGUUUCUUGAGAUUCCUCAAAUUCCUCUCCUAGCUAUGUCAUUUGAGUGAAUUCUGGCACCCUUCUGCCAUUGCUGACAACAAAACUGACACAGCAUAAACUUGCUUGUGUAUAGAAAAAGACAGUGAAACGAUAUUGCAGAGGGCAAGACUCAUGUCUGCCAAUGUCAAGGGUACAAUCCCCUGAGUGCUGAGGUAAAGAAGGAUCUCUGUGAUGUGUUAGUAGUUCAGAUAUCUUAACCUGCUGGCUUCCUGACAUUAAAGAUUCACAGGCACUGAAGCACUGGUAUACACUCCAACAGGUCAGAAAAUAAUUCCAUGCUGUGGAACAGGGGUUCCUCUGGGCACGCAUGCACAUACAAGACAUACUGGGGAAGUGAGACAUACAUGAACAAACCAGAGACAGCAGGAAGCUGUGAGGUUUGCAUGCCUGUAUGUGUACACACACACACACACACACACGCACACACACACGACACAGAGUACAUUGCAGUACACUUAAUGACUCUGUCCCACAACACAUUUUUGCCAAGUAGGAACAGUGUUACCUUUCCUAAUGUUCUGCUGGUAGUUAUUUGAUUUAUGUAUUCACUUCAUGACUUUUACAUCAUCUGCUUUCUUGACUGCAGCAUUACUGUGUAAAUACAUGUGUAUAUAUGUACAGAAACUAGCUCAAGCAAUUAUAUUCAGGUUGGGAAAAGGGUGGGUUUUAUAUCUGUACAGUAUUUCCUUAUUAAAUAAUGGCAUGGGGGGGGUUGGGAAAGUUAAGUUCUAAAUUGUGGUUUUAUUGGUCUGUGGUGUUUGAAGUUGUUUCAGUGGUUGCUUUUGCUGGUUUGGAAAGUUUAUCUGGAUGUUAUAUGUGUGUGCCAAGAAAGGGUCCCCAGAGAGGGGAGGUUUGGGAUUGGUAAGGGGUGGUGGGUAGCAGAGGGUGUUAAUAAUUUCCUGUAAUAAAAGCCGUGUUGAUUGCUAGGGACUGUUUGUGUGAGGCACAAGGCUGUUUCCUUCUCUAUGUGCUUUGCUCUUUGAUUACUUCCUCCUCCCUGGUCCCCAUUGUCUUCUCCCUGGGAUGUCAGCAGGAUACAUUUGUUACAGUGGAUUACAGGGACCUCUCUAUGGGCCUUCCUCUCCUGGUCAACCCUUCCUUUUCCCUCUUCUUGUGGUCUUUCCAGUACCAGUGAAAGGGGAGGGAGCAUUGUCUCAGACCCUCUGUGCCAUCCUUGACCACUUUUAUUUCCUCUGCUCUUUGUCCUUCCUCUUAGCAGAACCUCAUUUUCAGGUGUUUUGAUCUCUCCAGCAGCUUACUGCUUCAUCUCCCUGGCCUCUUAUCUACUUUCCCAUCUUACACCAAUUCUUCAAUUUCAUCUCAAUGCCUCUUCCCUCAGAAUUACUUAUGUUAGCUGUUUCCCCACUCUCCUUCUCUUAUUGCUCUUAUUUUUCUCUUGUUUCUCUGUUGUCUUCAUCAGCCUGUGCAAUGCUGUGUAGAAGAUGAGUGAAGGGCAGGCAUCUACUUCUCUCCUGGAAAAUUCUAGCCAUGACCAGAUUUUUAAAAGAUUAUAUUUUGUAGCUAUUUUUGACUUCUCUGUCAUGUUCACUGAGCUAGUGUUCUGUUCUUGCACACUCAAGAAAUCAUCAGCAUGGUAAGUUUGCCCGUGCAAGCGAGCAGUGAAAUUGUAUUUUCCGAGAAAGCCCAGAGAAAGAACAUAAUUUCUGUAUUUGAUGGCUGACUGAUACAUUUAUAGCAGGGAGAGAUACAGUUUUUAUCCACUUCAGGUUGACCCAUAUCAGGAUCAGUACCGUUUCUUUGCUUUUACUCUAUGUGAAUAAAGCAAGGCUGCUGGAGAGAAGUAUGCUAUCUUUUAAGAGCACAGGGCACUUCACUUAUUGCCUAAAGGCUUCUAAAGACCUAUGUGAAGUUCUGCUGUGUUGCAGACCUGGUACGCCUGGUAGUAUUUGGUCCUUUUCUGUCUGACAAAUCAGUAUAAGCUGGUACUUGGCAUUAUCUGCUAGGGUUUGUGGUCUGAUGUCAUAGCAGUAAGGAGAGUGAUAUGAUGGUGAAUAAGCAUGGAGAGAGCCAACGUGAGACUGGUAGAGGCUUUAGGCAGAUGCCAAGACAUCUCUUUGUGACAAUUGCAUUGUUUCUUAAUGAAUAUACAUCAAUCCACCUGGCACUGGCUGCUUAUCUCUGAAGACACCAGGAUCUGCUGGCCACAGUCUGAGAAAGGGCCAGUCAGCCUCUGUGUGUGUAGUGCAGUUGUAUGGAAGUACACAGGCAGUGCAGGGAGCAAUGCAAAGGGUCAGCAUGGCCAAAGGUUAUUCAGAGCAGCAGUCUUCUCCCAGCUGCAGCUAACUCUUGCUCAACCUGACAUUCCAUUGCAAGCUUGUGUUUCUGAUUUCUGGGUGAGAAACCCACCACAGGCUCCUGGGAAUGGAUCUCUGCUUACAGGUGUGAGGAGGGUAGUCAGGCUUCUGAUGUACCCUUGCUAUGAUGUUGGCAUAACUGUCUCAGCAUGUUCCACGGAGGUCUGUGUACCGGUGAAUACAUGGCUACAAAUUCCUGUAAGUCUGGGAGGAGGUGUAUGUUUGUACAUUUCAGUGACUCCUGGCAGAACUCUAAACAUAAGGGGAGUUGGAAAUGCUGGCCCGUUUAGUGCAAAAGUACAGCAUAAAGGCAACAUUUGCAGGGUGUCCAGAGAGAAUGCUUCCAUUACAUGAGACUUCUCUCUAGGUCCUUGGUCACUUGGAUGGUAAGUCCCAUGUCAACUGGAAAAAGGUGAUACCUGUCUCUGAAAAGACAAAAAUCAGUCAAAGGGAUAAGACUCAAGUUUUGUACUUUCUCCCUCUGCUUUCCUUCCAGGUCUUGGAGACAAAUUCAUCUUCACAGGCAGCUAAACUCCUGUGAAAUUCAAGGAGCUUUUGGAAAAGCUACUUAGGGGUUUAGAUGCCUGGAAUGGCUUUUUUGGAUUCUCUUCCUUGUGUGGGCCUCUUCCUGCACUGUAUUUUGCCAGGAUUCAUCUCCCAGGAACCUACCAUGCUUGAACAUAGCUUAGAGGAGUUCCCUCUGCUUGGGAUCACCAUGUGUAUGCUGCAUGCCUGUUGCUACUUGUCUGUAUUUUUUGCACGUGUCUAUUAUGGGGAGCAGGGGUGGGUUCAUGUUGGUAUGUGUAUUUAUGCAGCCUGCACACAUUUGUAUGUGUGGUGCCACUGUGCGUGUUCUUAGGUGUUUGUAUGCAUGUGUUUGAGCUGAGACAAAAGUGAUGGGAGCUGUAUGAUGCUAAAGCCAGAUGAUGGUAGGUACCUGCAGGUAAAUUGGCAACCCUCUUGUUCCUUCCUGGUACACCCUGGUAUGGUUGCUUUUUUUCGGAUUCCAGGGGACCAGCUCUGAAUCAGUGAUGAGGCUGGGAUGCAGGCCCUAUAGAGGGUUUGACUACAGCAUCAGAAACCCAUUCCAUGUGUUCAUUCACUUCUGUGCUUCAUCUGCUGUGCCACAUUUCCAAACCAUUGUGCCACACUCAUUACUUACUUUGGCCUUAACUGGUAGGUGGAACAGGAAGACAAUCACACACUGACUGGUAAGGACUUUUAGGAGAGAUCUGGUCAAUCUAAUCUGUGACUGUAACAAGAGACUCCCUUGCUAUUCAUUUUGCUGCCUCCUAGGGCGAUACAAGCACUUAAAUUCAGCUUGCAAGAAAACACUAGCCCAUCCUUUCUUGCUCUUGUGUCAGAUAGACACACAAAAAAGCUGAGCUGAGGUGAAUUGGUCUCCCAUCCCAUUACCUGGAAGAACAUCACUUUUGCUGCUUGGAGCUUGCAAAUCCCACACUCUGGAGAAGUUCCAUUUCUCCAGAGGGGACAGGGAAUAGGGAGAGUAGAAGAGAGUAGACUUUCUGCCAUUCUCCAUCCCAUUCAUUUCCAGGAGAGAUCACAAGAGUGCUAGCACCAGAGAGGAUGACCUGCUGGGAGGGCCCUACAGCAACUGGGACAGCACUUUAACUGGCCAAACUGCUGAACAAGACACUGCUGUCCUCUGUCAGCAGCCAGAGAAGACAAUCAGGACCCAAUGAAGAGAUGCCAUGAUUAUUCAGAUAAGGAAGGAGCAACAUUUAGGGGCUGGGGCACUCAUCAUUUAGCCUAUCUUAAGUCUGCUUAACCAGCUCUUUAGUGCUGGUGUCACUGGGCCUCUUUGAUGGUUUCUUUUUCUUCAUAUAUAUGAAAUGUGAGAGAAUAAUCUGUGGACUCCAAUGAGUCAUUUUAUCGGACCACUUCCAUCCACUUCCUCUGCUUUCUUCCAUGUCUAGCUGCUCUUUCCUCUUCAUCAAAUUGUAUCCUGUACUCUGCCAGGUUUGUCUUUUAUGGAAGAGAAGAUAUAUGUGUGUGAAUGCUUGUACAUGUGCGUGUGUGUAUUUUAGAUAUUAUUGCUAUUAUCUACAUGCUAUACACCUAAAAAAUCCUAGCAAGCUGGAGCCUUCAAGAGGUGCUGUAGGAAAUGACCUUUCCACUGGACGGCAGUCAGUGUGGAGGUUAGCACAGAAAGCUGCUAGCUUUGGAGGCCUCUUUGCCUGUCUGGUUGCUUUUCCUAUCUUUGGAGCAGGCUGUCUCUCACCAGAGGUCAGAAACAGAGCAAACUGCUCUUUUUAGCUUUGCAUUUUCAAAAUUUCUAACAUGGGGGGGAAAAGGUUUAUUGUUUAGCUGUUGAUUUAUUUUGUAUGUUUGUUUGUUUGUUUGUUUGUUUACACAGUCCUUUUAGUGGGCGCAGGGAGGUGUUUUCAGCAAUACAACUUUCCGAGACCUCAGUUCUGUGCGGUUCUUUUUUGUAUGGUUCAGCUGUAUUUGGGGUCUUUCCCUUGUACAUGUUUUUCCUGAAUGGCAAGGCUAUCUUGGAAUGUCUCUUUGCCAGUGACCAAAGCACCAUCUGUAAUUGGAGGUGAGGCCUGGUACAUAGUGGGGGCAGCAGCCUUUCAGGAAGUAGCUUUUCAAUGACUUCCCUAUGGAGUCACAGAAGACAAAAUUUUUAAUUGUUGCACAAGUGGGCUUUGGAGAUUUUUGUUGUGGGGUUUUCUUUUGGUUUUGGUUUUUUUUUUUUUUGUUUUUUUUUUGGGGGGGGGACUCCCUCUCUUUUCUUCCUUUUAAAAUUUCUCUGUUUUUCCCUUAAAAAAUGUUAAAAUGUUUCUCCAGUGAUCUUUGGCCAUUGCACCAAAGGCUGCUGCAAGGCAGGGAGCCUGUCUGACCCUUGGGUCCUGCCCUUCUGAAGCCAUGCAAGGUUGUCCAAAUGAGGAUGGAAUUGGCAGUUUCCAUGACCAUUCUUGGGACAAGACCCCUGUAGCAGAGGGGCCUGACCCAAAGGGAAUGGUCAUCCACAGAUGAUCAUCCUCUAGUAUGUGUGGGUUGUGGACCAGGCUGGAGGGCAGGCAGGGAAAGAUGGUUCACUGACCCCUGCACAGUCCUUCCCACACUGGAGCAGGAGCCAGGCAUGUAGGUCUGCAACAGGGACAAAUGAAUGACCCUGAAUGGGCCAGAAGUCUUCAGCCUUGCCUCUCCUAACCUAUUUGCAAGUGGGUAGGAAUGACUCUCAUCUUGGACAACAUCAUUCAGGGCUGAUCAGAGUCCCACAGACCAUGAAGUAGGAAUUAAAGGUGGUGCAUGGGCAGCUGGCCAGCUCUCAAUAUCAUGACACCUAAGGGAAAACCCAGCACCUUCAUCCUUUGGCACUUGGAAGUGGCUGAGGACAGCAGUGGAGGACUGUUGUGUCUACUAGGGUUGGGGCAGGUAGCGUCUCUAGACCUGGCACAGGUCAACUUCAGCUGUAUUUGCUUUCUAACUAAUGUACAUUUACUUUGGAGAGCACCUUUGAUAAGCUCAGUCUAUCAACCAAAAGAAAAAUACUCACCUCUAGUCUAAGUCUUCUACUGCCCAACACUGCUACCUCCUCUUCUCUUGAGCUGUUGGUACCUUGUGAUGAACCUGGCCACCCAUCAGGCUGUUGAACACAGCAGAUAUAUCCUGUCCCCUUCUGAGACCAUCUUUGCCUAAAUUUUGCCUCCUCUUCGUACCCUUUUUGCAUGCAUAUGUGCACACACACACACAGACACACACACACACACACAGACACACACACACACACAGACACACACACACACACACACACACACACACACGCCCACCUCCAGCCACUUCACUGGUGAAAAUCAGAGCCACAGAGACAUGAGUGCCAAAUGACUUUUUAUUUCUCAAGUAAAUUAUAUAAAAAGUUUUGUUAUUUUUCUUCUUUUUUUUUUACAUAUGCAAAUGUAAAAGGGAACCGACAGUGAAUUGGUGGUGGCGAGAGGAAAUGGGAUGUUUUGUAACCCUAGCUGCAGUAAAAAAAAAAAAGAAAUAAAAAUACAUUAAAAAUAUUUAAAAAACACAAAAAGGAAAAAAAAACUUGAACUAUUUUGGAAAUAUUGUGAAUAAUUUUUUGAUAUAAAAAAUAAUUUUUAUGUAGCAUGAAAACCACCAAAAUAAAAUGAUCAAGAAUAAAAGCUGUGCAAAGGGUGUUUUUGUUUAGUUAUUGAGGGACAAAGAAGGAAGAGAGAAGCGUGGUGUAUGAGAGAGGGAUACUGCAGUCAUGGCUUUUACUGUGAGAUUCACAGUACAUAAUGUUUUUCUUCAGUCUUGGUAUUCAGUCUUGGUAGCUGGAAUCUUGUGAUUAUGUAAAAAAAGAAGAAAAAACCACAACUCAUUCUAUAUGAAAAGAUCUUUUAUAUCUCUGAUUGCUGGGAAGAAACCCUUGAAAAUACGAACAGAAUGAAUCCCAAGGACUCAAAAAACCAAAAGGCAAUUUUAAAAAUGGCCAUGAAUUGGUUUUGAGGGUUGCAUUCAUCGUGAUUUUUUCUUCUUGAUUUAAGAUUGUUGAGUAGUUGAGGUAUCAAUAGUGGGAGGCAGGUACAAAGGAGGUGAGACAUUAAUGAAGGACUGAAAAAAUUCUUUAUUUUGUAGUGUGAAUUAUAGGAGUUAAACCAGGGGCUCUUCACAUUUCCUUCUGAGCAAGAGAAUAAGCUAGUGUCCUUUUGCAGGACAGAUUGGUGCCAUUCUUCACUCCUUAAAAAAAUUUUACUCCUCCCCACCAGUUUAUUAAAGGAAGCAGAUUGCCUCUCCAAAUUCCAGACAAAACAGUAGGUCGUCUCAGCAUUCCAGACCCUCUUAGAAAUGAUGGCUGUGAUUCUCUGCUCCCCUGAAGGAGGUGAGGUUAUCAGUGCUCUUUAUCUCCACUGAGGGCUCUGAUUUCAGGUGCUGGAGCACUGCAUUGCCUUUGAGCAGGUGCUAGCACUCACUCCACCCUGCUGUGGAUCAUGGUGGUUCCUCAGCACAUGCUGUGAAUUCUUCUUGCUUGGAAGACAGGAGAUGCUGGUUUCAGGAAUGGUCAAGGAAAGUUGGUAGGUUGCUCUGUUCAUUCUGCCUUGAAGGUAUUCCACAUGCCUGAGUGAAUCAGAUCUCCUGGAAAUGAAUUUCAGCUUCACUCCCUCAUGCUCCCAUCUCCAACACAAUCAUUACAACAUUGCCCUGCCUGCUAGCAGGGGACCUUCUCUAUUGCUUCUGUCCUUUUUGUCUGGGUGUCUUCUACACUCUAGACUGGAAGAGGCAAAUUGCGUACUAUAUAGCUUAAAAUAAGGUAUUAAAUAAAUUGUGUUCAGCACUGACUGACAAGCCUGAAAAACAGUGAAGUCUCAAUAUCAACUUAGGCCACAUCUCUAGCAGUGUGUUAGGAAAAAGAAUCCUGGAUAAAAAUCUUGUCUUGUGCUCAAGUCAGUAUAGACUUGGGUGAAGUUGAUAAGGAGGACCUGAAGACAAUGAUGGUGUAGAUCAACUAGACUGGUGGGUUCUUGAGUUCUGAGCCAGGUAUGAAAGGGGAUCCAUGGGAACAUUACCUCUUGGUGGAAAAAAGAGGGAGAGUCCUGCUAGCAUAAAAAAUACCAAAUACUGAAGCAUCUUCUUGGCCUCUGUGGGUCUUUGUUAGCCUGUCUCUCCCUGUUGCUAAUCCCUAUGCCAUGCCAUCUGUGAUUGCUUUUUGACUCCUACAGGGACGAAGAGAUUUUGUCUGCUUUAUGAAGCUCUUCUCAUUAUUAGUUACAAAUCUAGGCUGUCUCUCCAAUGAUUAUCUGGCUAUUUACCAUUCUUCCCACUUGUUCUGUCUGCUAGUCCCAUCCUUUUUGCCCUUGUGACCUCCUGCCCUUGCAUGUUAAGAAAAAGGGCUCUUGCUCCUUUAUAGGAGACUCCUUUGUGUUGUUAAGUGAUUAAUAAGGGCAGAGAAGUCAUUACACACUCACAAAAAUUAGGGGUAUUGUUCAUCUCACUUUGCUUCAGUCCCUGUAGAUUCCACUUGCUUCCUUACAAAGAAUAUGGUAUCUUCCACCUGUGAUCAUUUUGCACUAGCUCUGCAUUUCUUACUGGUGGACCCAUAAAGUGGAACAAAGUUAAGGCAGAUGCUUGGCUAGUGCUCUGAAGAUUCAGGUUUCCAAGCAUAAUGUCUCAGACUCUGGAACCAGGGCUGUGGCAACAUGCUUUGCUGGAAGUUCAGCCAAGGGCCAUUCUACUCCAGCCUGUGUGCUCGCUCACCUUCACUUCCCUGGAAUGAAGCAGCAGGCUUAUCUUCCCUUAGACCCACAGGACCUAAUGACAAAAGUGGAACAGCUUUCAUUUUGCUCACCUUGUCUCUGCACCAAACUGCUCAGAUAUCAGGUCUUUCAGGUCAACAUUCAACCAUGCCAGAGGGAGGACAGAACUCCUUCCAGUACAUAUGUACAGCAAAGGCAGGAAUCUGGAGGUCUGGAGCGUGUAAACCUUGGAUACUCUUGAAAUGUGUCUGUCUUUCUUAACGAGUGCUGCUGGGUUUGUUUGCCCUCAUAGAUUAUUUGUUUGACUACCAGGAAGCCAAGAUUAUGUCAGCAAAAAACAGCUAUUCAAUGUGUCUUUUUGACAUUUGAACAAGGGACUAGGAUUGUAGUUACAGGAAAGGCAUUUGCAAAGGGGUAUUUCCCAUACCUGGGGAAGAUAAUCUGAUGUUCUUUACUUAUUGAAGCAAACAAUUAGGCUUCUUUUAGGCCUUUCACAUGUAAGGACUUUUCCAUGUAAUGAAGUCACUUCCCCAUGUUCUGGUCCUUUCCUGCACACUGAUACUCCUUUUUCAGCUCUGGAGACUGAACCUUGAUGUGUUAAGAUACUGGUAAAAGCAUCUUAUUUUGAAUGAAAAAGAGUUAGUUGUAAUGAACCAGCCACUUUGUCUAACUUUGCAGCUUCACGUUGCUUAGGAACUAACUGUUCGGAUAUUCUUCCUCCUCAAGCCACUUCAGGGUUCUCUCUGUGCUGCAGUGACAACUGAGUUUGCUGUCCCUGCUGACCUUCCCCAUUUUACAUGCAGGGAAUAAGGGUUUCAUGGCCGCUUUCUUGUCUGAGGCAUUAGAUUAAAACUGGAGCAGCAUGAUGCUUUGGAGCUGUCUCUGUGGCUCUUUGAUUAGUUAUCCUUGCUGAGAAGGCAAGACACGGACGCCUGCCAGCUGCAAGGUGAAGCUUUGGGUAAGCGCUUGCCCUUGGGCAGGGGCCGCGCACUGGAAUGCUGAGUGACUUACACCGUGUGCUCACCACUCCUUCAAGGCUUCGUGUGUAGACUUGCAUCAAAGCAGAAAAGAAGGAAUUGGUUCUUCCUUCUCCAUUUUCCCAGCUCCCAAGGGAAAAUUUCCUGGAAAGGAGAAAGAGAAGGUUCUUGCCUCACUUGGAAACUCUGACUUGUCUCUCCAUGUAGAGCAUUGUUUUGCAGGGGUAGAAUAAGGCAGAUUUUUGACUGGUGUUCAAACACAGUCUCUGCACAAGUUUCUACUUGUUUUUUGGUUUUUUGGGGUUUUUUGGGUUUGUUUUUGUUUUUGUUUUGGUUUUGUGUUUUUAAUUGUUUGUUGGUUUUUUUUGGUUUUUUUUUUUUUGAGGGAAUAGACUAGUUCCUGCCACAGAGGGCAGGGUCAAUUUCUCUGCCACCUUGGUCUCAAGGGAUGAGCCCUGAGUCCAGAGUCUUCAUCACUUAACACUUGUUUGGCUCUGUUCAAGAUCCCCUACUACACAUCCUGGACCUAGAGCACCCCAGGCAACCCCAAAUGUAAGCCAUUAGCACUGUGUGUCGGGAAGAAAUAAACAGUUAAUGAUUUUGCCAUGUUUGCAUCAUGUAGGGAAGGAUUUUUAGAAGCACACAAGAAAUUUAUUAAAUCAAAACACAUCUUAUUGAAAACCAAUUGUGCUUAGAUGCUUGGAUGUCUUUAGAAAUUUCCAUUACAGAAGCUAGAAAUGUUUAUUCUUUUAAAAAAUCUCUUUAUGAAGGGGCUGGAGUAUUUAAUACUGAGAUAAAUUAAUUGAGUUCUCCUAAGCCUAAAUUAUUGUGAUAUUAAUCUCAACUAACAACUAAUCCUGGAGGAUGCCCUGGGUUGAGCUGAGGAUAUGAGGAUCCCUUGAGAAGAUGCAAAAGUUCCCUCCGCUGUAGCACUUGUCACUGAGGGGGAAGUAGGUAGUAUGUGGGACAGGAUUUCAUCAGAAAGGUAUGCUUGGGGAUGCACAUCAAAUGCAAGCAGUGACUGGUGGCUUCAGGGGUAAUUUUGUGUUGAUCAAAAUGACUCCCCCUCUCCUAACAACACUAUUGCUGUGGAGUUGGACCUUAUCAGUACCAGUCAUUAAUUUGGGAAGCAGCAAGUAAAAUGAAAUGCUGUGCCAGCAGGGUGAAACCCUGACAUAAAAUUGAUCAAAACCAUUUAAGUCUUUUUUUCUGACAAGAUUUGUAUGUUUGAUGCUUCACUCUGCCACGGUCCUUAGUUCAAAGAGUUUGCAAUUUUGACGCUAAACUAAAAUACAUUAAUAUUAGCAUUUACAUUAACAAAUAAAUUGAUAGAUGCCAUAGUUUACAUAUAUUAUGCAAAUGUCCUGAAAUCUUGCAUGCACUUGCAUCUAAUUUUAUUAAGGUUAAAUGAGACAUACAUUUUGUAGGGGAAAUAAUUGAGGCAUCCAGACAUGAUAAGCCAGGUGACUUGGUAUAACUUGUAUGAACAGCGAUAAAGACUAGGAGCAGAGGAAAAGGACAUCUGGCAUUUUCAUUUGGAAAAGUCUUAUGUUUGUGGUUGCAAUGCUUUCUUUGGAGAAAGCAUUGUAGUAAUUUUCUGGGAUGCAGUCAGAAGUAGUAGGAAGUUUGUGCUGGGAGACUUGAUUUGGGAUGUUGACAGAUCUCAACCUGAAGGGCCAAUCAGGGUCUCAGCCUGUUGGUUUGGGAGUUUUUUUGUUUCUUUUCAAGAUUUGAGAGAGAUACACUCGUCUCUGCAGCACUGUGCACAUCCACCCAAUUGAGAUUCCCCCCAUGCUCUAAAGUGAUUAGGUUUUCCUACACAGGCAGGGGAAGAGUGAAGAGGAGAAUCUGUGACCAGGAGCAAGACACAAGACCCCAGAGUCGCCACUUCAGUACCUGGAAGGAUGUUUUCUUCUUACACUUCUGGAAAUCAUAAAGGGAUGACAGCAUGCCCAGGGCAAUUGACUUCUGCUUCAGGUGAGUUUGGUGAGAAAUCUUGCUAUUCUGGCAAGUGCUCUUGUUUUCCAGCUUCAUUCCACUUCUUCAACUGGGCAAAGCCUUGAGGAUGCUGUAACUUAUCCCAGACUUGGACAAAGAGAACUUGAACCACAAAUUGUGAUUGCUUCAAUUAGCUCUACUUUUACAGGUAGCACAGGAAAGUGCAUGUAUGGACCUAAUCCAGAGAGGUGCUGAACUGUAAAUACUCUCUGAGGAUGUGUACAGUACAUGGGGCUCAGCCUCUGCUGCCAGCUUGACCUAAUUUCUCUCAGCUGAAGCUCUACUAGGAUUCAAAAUACAACUCAUUUCCUUUCUUUGGAAACUUGCACAUCAAGGUCUUACUGUACUCCUCACAAGUAGUCUCAAGCAUCCCUUUGCUGCUUUUGUCAGGCUGCUACAAAUUUUCAGCGUUUACAGGGAGACUGUCAAAAUAUUGUAUAGAAAAUAAUUUCCUUUUUUUGGUUCCACCAGUGUGCAGUAACACCUCAGACUGUCACAUUGGAGAAGCUUCAUCAAGAACCUCUUUGUAUCAUGCAAAGUGCUCAUUCAGCUUGGCAACUCUUCAUGAAUUUCAUCCAAGACAUCCUGGUCUGUUUGAAUAGUGAAUUAACUUUCUGGCCAACUACUUCUUGGGCAUUGCUUUCAAACCUUGAAGGAUGGUUUGAAGUGCAAACAAACAUGCAACUGGACAGAGGUUGACCCAGCUUCCUUUUGUUUUCAAAAGUCUAGGAUGAUAAAGCCAGCUUUCCUAGGGUUAUGGGUCAGCUUAGUUCAAUUUGCAGCCUAAUUAAUUGCUCCAGAAUUGUAGAUCUGUCUUGCCAAAAUCUCUUUAAAUUAUGCAUACUCCUACUUACACAGUCACUGCCACUCUUCAAAUAUUCAAGCGUUCCUUACAUUUUGGAUGGUUUACUCUCUCUGGGGAGGAGGCAGUUUUUUAAAGAUAAAGUAGAGUUUACAUGACUUGCAGCAAACAGCAAUUUGAGUUCUCAAGAACAUGUUGCUUGGACAUGUAGAUUUUACUCAUUUGCAUUUUAAGGGCACAUGUGGCACACAACACUGCUUUCUCAUCCAGUAACAUUAUCAUCUAGUAACAUUAAGUUAACAGUUAAUGUCAAGUUUUUAUUAACAUUUACAAGCACUUUGGGAGAUUAAUUUGUUUACUUGCAUUAUGCAAAACUGAUUUAAGAUCAUGGUCUGCAUUUACACACAUUUACAUAGUGUUUCCUGAUGAAUAUAUUAUAAUACACACAAAUCAUGUGGAAAUUGCAGGCUCACAUCUGCAGCAUAAACUUCAUUUUCUGUCAUGUAAAAUUUGACUUGUCUGGCAGACCUUUUCCAGCAGGUUGCAGCUGAAGUCAGAAUAUUGUAAAGAGAGAAGGAAGAAUUGGGAUCUGAGGUGGAUUUUCUGUGAAGUCUUUCCACAGUGCCUGUUACUUGCCAGUGCCCUGCAGUAAUGAAACAGAAGGAGAGGGUGCCAAGGUUAGUUGGCAGCAGGAUGAGUCUCAUGUAAUGGAACCUAUGGACCUGGAGUUAGGCUCCUGUGAACACACAGUUUAGCUGAGCACUCAGUGACUUUAGACUGGGAGUGAAAUGGGUGAGCAGCAAAAGUAGCUGGUGGGAGGGAAAGGGGCAUCAACCAUUGCUGCCUGUCAUGCAUCCAUGUGAAGGGGCUCAGCUGGGUGCAGCGGAGACCCCUGAGGUACUUCUUCUUCUCCUUGUAAUACCUUUGGAUGGAGACGUCCAGGUUUGGCUGGCUGGCAGGGGAAGACAAGGGAGGGUGUGGGGAGAAGGGCAGCGAUGAACACCGAGCUCCUGUGUGGGGCUGGGACAGGAUCCAGAAAGGCAGCACCUUGCGCUGAACACGGGGCAAGGGGACACAGGGGACACUUCCCCAGUGUAGCGUCUUCCUAAGGGAAAGCGCAGUCGAACUCAGGCUUGCCUCACCUCUCCGAGGCCCUAAUCCUACAAUCUUUUCUCCGCCUGUCACAACCUCAUUCUCCUCUUUCCUACGCCCUCACCCUCCUCCGGUUCUUCUUUCUGUAAAUAACUCUUUCUGAUUUUGGACAAGCAGGGAUCAAGAGAUUCUGGAGGGGGGUGGGGAAGACACUUGUUUUGGUUGUUUUUUUUCCCUUUCUCUCUUGAAUUUUGGGUGUUUGAACUUGAAAAAAUAAUAUCUAUAAAUAUAAAAAUAUAUGUAUUUAAGCAAAUGGAUUUCCUGGAAAAUUAUGAAAGGAGUUAAUUUUUUUUCCCUCUGAUUUCUCUUGUUUCUCAUGGGGGUUUGUUUCUGGGGAAGAGGGUUUUUGUGAACUGUUGAGAUUUCCAGUUCAGCAUUGUUUAAAGGAUGUGGAGAAAAAAAAAAAAAAAGAAAAAAAAAAAAAAGAAAAAUCAACAAAAGCAUUAAAACCUUUGUGAUGUACAAAACCUGUAAAUAGUAAAAGAUACUUUCUCUUUUCUAACAACAAAUUAUUUCUGUCACUUUAUAUUCGAAAAUAAAGAAAUGUACCACAGAAUAUCAGGGUUAAAAAAUUGGAACCCAUAAUCAGAAUA